AUGAUCCUACAUGGGUCACGGUACCACUUGGUCACCCUCGUCCUAUUGUCGGUCCUUGCGGGUUCGGCCCUCGCCGUCUGGCCUCAGCCUCGAGCGAUCUCCCGCGGUACAGGGACUGUACGACUGUCCAAGCGUUUCUGCAUCGUGAUUGACAAGGAGGACGAACGUCUUUUCAAGGCCAAGAUUUCAGAUGUAAAUGACACGCCGAACGUUGCAGUUGGCGUUGUGCGGGAGAUGCAGCGAACGACUAACGACCUGACGGACCAUUUUCACGUGACCCCAAAUCAGUUGGCACAAGCUAUCAAGCGAUCGCAAUCGAGAGUUCAACACGACACUCAUGCGCUUCUCAAGCUGGACCGGGGGGCUUCGUACCUGUAAGUCUGUUAUACUGGGGAAGCGAUAAUGCUUUUCCUUGUACUCACGCGACGGCCUAACAACGUCUCCACAUGGGCCGCUUCGGCAACAGACAAUCCGUCCGAGAAGCGGCGGUCUUGACGACACUGUCGCUUUCCAUCAAACCCGAAGGACGACGACGUCCGAUCACGUACGAGACAAACCUUCCGUAUGAAAAGCAGGAUGAAUCUUGUACGUUGCAUCAAGUGACCUCCAUGUGCUGCUUGCAAAUGUAGGGCAGCUCAUCCCAAAUCUUCUCACGAUGGACGAAUUCUUUUUUCGCAUCAGAUACCCUCACGGUCCCUGCAAGAUGCUCGAAGGGCCUGUGCACCGGCACCCUCACCGCCGAGACCACUUUGGGCUUGCUAAGGGGCCUGACGACGUUCGAGCAACUGGUCUACUCGUUCCCCUCGAACGUCAAAUCGAAGUCCAAGUUCAUCAUCGACAUGCCCAUCAAGAUCGAGGACAAGCCAGCAUUCCCCCAUCGCGCGUUCAUGCUUGAUACAAGUCGUAACUUUUACAGUAUAGGAGGUAAGUCUCGACCAAGUGUAGCUGACAUAAUGCAUCUCCGGUUUCGGACUUACCUCGUUGCUGUCCUGUUUCACUCCAGACAUUUUUCGCACCCUGGACACGAUGAGCUCGGUCAAGCUCAAUGUUUUCCAUUGGUCAGUACGUGUCGUGUUGAUCUAAGAUAAACCACGCUGACCAGUUCGGUGUGUACAACGCAGGCACGCGACCGAUUCGCAAUCGUGGCCCCUGUCUCUCCCCGCCUUCCCCGAACUUGCCAAAGCAGGCGCGUAUUCGCACGAUCAGAUCUAUUCGACGAGUGACAUCAAACGCGUACAAAAGUAUGCGAAUCUGAGGGGUAUCUCGGUUUUGCUCGAGAUCGACAUGCCUGGUCACACGGCUUCGAUCGCAGACGCUUAUCCGCAGUACGUAGCCUGCGCGAAUCAGGAUUGGACCAAAUAUGCCAACGAACCACCGACUGGUAACUUACUCUUCGCACCGUGAUUGCUCUGUGGAACUUGUGUGUUGAUUUCUUUCCAUGAAUUUGCUUACUCGCACAGGUCAACUCAAGCUUGGGGACGCCGAGACUAGGAAAUUCGCGAGUGCGGUCGUGAAAGAUGCGAGCUCGCUGAUGAAGUCGCCCUAUUUCUCCAUCGGAGGCGAUGAGAUUGUCAGUAUCGCACCCUGCGACUUCGCGUAAAAGACGAAGAGUUCACGCACUGAUGGAAACAUCAAUCCAAAUAAUGAAUCGCGCAGAACGAAGUCUGCUACCAAAUCGACCCAACGACCUCUGCCGCUCUCAAGCAGCGGUCCAUAAGCUCACUUCUUAAAACCUUCUUCGACUCGGUGCAUGGCGUGCUCGAGGUGGCAAAAAAGACGCCCGUCGUAUGGGAAGACAUCGUUCUCAAACACAACGUCUCGGCGGGCGGAAAGAAGGCGAUCGUCAUGACUUGGAUUUCGGCGACUAGUGUCCAAGCACUGGUGCAAAAGGGAUAUCGAGUCGUGCAUGCCUCUUCGGAUUACCUCUACCUCGAUUGCGGAGGUGGUGCUUGGGUGGGCGGUACAACGGGCAACUCCUGGUGCGAGUGAGUAACACGUGGACUGGCGGUCCUCACUGAUCAGCAUCAGGAGCUGAGUUUCGCGUUUGGGGUUUUCACAGUCCUUUCAAAUCGUGGCAAAAGGUGAGCGGCCUACCCUGGGACGUCUUCAGCAUACGCCCCCUUCUGACUGCUCCUCUUGUUGCCAACACAGAUGUACUCUUUCGACCCUUAUGCCAAGAUCACGAGCUCUCAACGCCGGUUGAUCAUGGGCGGUGAAACAUUGCUCUGGUCCGAGCAAUCGGAUGGCUCGAAUCUCGAUCCUACCACCUGGUGCGAAUUGUUUAUCUCGAUUCUACUCUCAUCGACUGCAAAGAAGGCAGCUGAUACUCUUCUAACCACGAAUUCACUCCUAUCAGGCCACGAGCAGCCGCAGCUGCCGAAGUAUUCUGGACCAACAACGCUAGCCGCAGAGCGAUCGACGCGUUGCCGAGAUUGCACGAUUGGAGGUAUCGCGCCGUCCAAAGGGGCGUCGCUGCGAUUCCGAUCGGUCCUGAAUAGUCAGUCCUCUCACUUCCCACCACUCUAGUUCCACCUACGAGAAGUGCCGCUUACCGAACCUUUAUGUCCUGUACACAGCUGCGCAUUGCGGCCGGGUGCUUGCAACUUGUAG